ACGGCGCCAUGUUUUAAGUUGACAGAAAUAUUGUGGCAAUUCGUCAUUGGGAUUUAAACGCGAUUUAAUGUAGUUUGCAAGUGUUACAUGCGUCUCAUAUGAAACAGCACUGAACACAUUUUACGAAUCAAACUGUGGGCCUGAAAAAAAAGACCAUAAGAGAAAAAUGGGCGAUGAUGGAGAGAAUAGUGAAUGUUCUGAAAAGAAGUCCAGAGUAGAGGAGUCUGAUCCAGAACCACACAGGAUUCGACUUCUCUCCUGGAACAUUGACGGACUCCAUGACCUCAGCAUCAAAAGACGAACUCAAGCCGUUUGUGACAUCAUCAAUAAGGAACAUCCUCAUGUCGUGUUUCUACAGGAAGUGACAGCCCUAACACAAGUAAUUUUGGAGUCAGGUUGUCCUACUUAUCAGGUCAUUACCGGGGGAAACGAGGAAUAUUACACCUGUAUAUUACUGAAGGUGGACCAGGUAGAGCUAAUACACCAUCAAACCCUACCCUUCCCUGACACACGGAUGAUGAGGAACCUCCUACUUGUACAGUGUAAAAUUAAAGGAGAGAACUUGGUGCUGAUGACCUCUCAUUUAGAAAGUUCCGAAAAACAAUCAAAGGAACGUGUACAGCAGCUACUAAAGGCGUUUCGUGUGAUGCAGAAAUCCUCAAAAUCUUCUACUGUCAUAUUUGGAAUCUCAACCUACGUAACAUAGAGGUGGCCAGAAUAGGAGGUCUGCCUCCUGGUGUUCACGAUAUCUGGGAAAUAACAGGUCAAAGGCCAGAGGCAGCUUACACUUGGGACAUGUCUCGUAACGACAACUUGGUCUUCUCUGGAAAGUUCAGGCCCAAGUUACGAUUUGACCGUUUGUACAUAAGGGGAGCAGAGCCACCCACGGUUGAGCCUGUCUAUUUGGAACUCGUCGGACUGGAACGUGUUGCUAAGUGUGGGAAGUAUCCUAGUGACCACUGGGGACUUUUAGCUCACUACAAUAUCCUUUCCAAGGUCAAAAGUCUUGCUUCCAAGGUCAAGUGACCUUGAAAGAAUAUCAAUAUUACUGUACUAGAUAUAUAGACUUUUUCCUGGACUGAAAAACGGUUUUUAGAUCGGCACAAUGUUUGAUUAUUAAUCUACCAGGAAAAAUAAACAAAGAGGGGUUGCCUUUAAUUCCUCAGUGGGUUAAAGAUGUAUGUAACCUAAAUGUGGUGUACAUAUUCUUCCCUAAAGAGUUCCUAUCUGAAGAUAUUGUCAAAUGUUUCAUUUAUAAAAUAAUUUUUGUCUCGCCGCGACGAAGUGGUAGCGAUACACAGGUGUUGCUUUCCCGGCGACGGCGGCGUCAACAUUAAGUUUUUGUGUUUAAGUUAGUUUCUCUGAAAGUAUAAGUGCUACACCAACCAAACUUAGACCAUAGAUGCAUCUUAGGUAGUACAUCUCAACCCAUGCAUCAAAUACUGGAUACUGUCUUCCUGUCGUGGCCUAUUGACUUUGUCAGCAUCUCCAUCAACAUUAAGUUUUUGUGUUUAGGUUAGUUUAUCUGAACGUUUAAGUGCUACACUAUCCAAAUUUGCACCAUAGUUGCAUUUAAGGUACUACAUCUCAACCCAUGCAUGAAAAUCUGGAUGCGACCUACCUUCCACGGUCCAUUCACUUUGUCAGCAUCUCCAUCAACAUUAAGUUGUUGCAUUUAAGUUAUUUCUUUGAAAGUAUAAGUGCUACACCAACCAAACUUGGACCAUAGACGCACCUGAGGUAGUUCAUCUCAACCCAUGCAUCAAGUACUGAAUGCCGCCUACCGUUCAUGGUCCAUUGACUUUAUCAGCAUCUCCAUCAACAUUAAGUUUACAUAACAACGUUAACAUAACACAGCAGAUUUGAGAAGAAAAAUAAAUAAAAUAAAUAACUGC